ACAAUAAUUACUAUUUUUGCAUUAUUGUAAGGGCCACAACCAGAUUCAAGGAGCGAACAUGAGGGCGACUCUUUAUUUUUACGCAGUGGGUUUUUAUCAUUUUCUCUCAGUUGGAAGUACUUGUGGUCCAAGUGAAUAUAGCUCUGCUUAUGGAGAAUGUUGUGCAAUGUGCAAUAUAGGAUCAGUAGUACGCAGUGAUUGUAGUGGGGAUUUAAGUACCACCUGCAAACCCUGCAGUCCAGGAACAUUCAUGAAUGAACCCAAUGGUCUUCAUCAGUGCUUCGCAUGCAAACACUGUGCUGAAAGUCAAGGUCAUUACAUUCAGAGUAAAUGCACUUCUAGUGAUGUGCUUGAUGGAUAUUACUGCAUUGAUUACUCCAAUUCACAGUGCCAUCAUGCUGAAAAACACAGAGUUUGCAGACCAGGACAAGAAACAAAAACACUAUGGACAAAGGCAUCAGAUACAGAAUGUGUGGACUGCGUUCAUGGGUUUUAUUCUCCAUCAGGGCUGAACUGCAUCAAAUGGACAGACUGUGCAGCCAGAAAUGAGAUUCAGACAGAAGGUGGCAGUCAUGUAAAAGAUGUCACAUGUGAACAGAAGCCAAAGGAAAGAUAUGGACUUAUAGAUUUAAUUACAGCUUCAGAAGUUCGAAAGGCCAAUAAUGCAAAAGAAAAAAAGUGACGUUUAUCCAGGAGUCUCAGCGCAGGGCACUUAACAGAAUUCUAAACUGCCAGCCAGCGCUGAAACCACUGGAGGUGUUGUAGUUGUCAUAUUGCUGUACUCCACCGGCAGAGGGCAUCACUGACUGUAAUAACCAGCACAGUACAGAAAUUGCUGACGAGUGUCUACUGCACACCCCUGACACAAGAUGUCAUUAUGCAUGUUAUAUAUAUAUAUAUAUAUAUAUAUAUCUCAGAUCAUUAGCAAAAACUGAUAGGAGUGUACAAUAACCAUUACAAUGCAGGUCACUUACUGUAUUGCACACUAUAUUGCAUUAAAAUAAUUCGGUUUACAAUGCAUCAUCUUGUUUAGAGCAACAGUAAAAACAUUUGGAAAUAAAGCUUCAUGACUUUAAGACCAUACGUAAUCAUCAUUUAAGUUAUAAAGAGUGCAUUUUAUUUCAUGACAUCUUUAUUCCUUUUGUUAUCGGACAUACUCAUUUAACAUGGCUGACUGUGAUUACCACAUUUCUACAGUGGCAUUAUUAUUUUGAAACUAUUGCUUUUGUAUGAUGCUUAUAAGAAACAUAAACAAGUGUGCCUUUAGAAAAAAACCCUUAAACAAAUCACCCUAAAUAAAACCACCUUCUAUUGUGUUUGUUUGCCUAAACGCAUCUCCUCCAAAUCAAUUCCCUAAUCUGGCCACUUGAAAUGCAAAAUGAAUGGAUAUUAAAUCAUGUGUGAAAUAGAAUCCCUCUACAGAAGACGUAAUUUCAUUGUACUGAGACUGACAAUAUUGGAAACAGAUUCUGAAGAUAUUCCUUGUUCAUCAACAGGUGUUUCAGUAACUUUUAGGUGAUUGAUUUUAAUGAAAUAUUGC